AUGAGAAUCUUUGCCGAAAACUCUGCUUGCGAAGUCACGAGCCGGCUGAUUGUUAUGGGGAAUGCAAAUUCCACCGAGGAUUUUCAUCCCGAUUACUCGAUCCUAGAGGACCCGUCCUAUCACAAGGUUUUCAUCAAUGCAAUGGAAGCAGGCAAAGGGUUCCUCUUAUGCAAAGAAGAGCUCGGAAACAACUAUCAGAAGGGCGAAUAUCUUUAUGAUGUGUGUCCUACGCCCUCCUCACACGCUACAGUUCGCCCUGUCUUCCUGAUCCGCGAUCCUAUCAGAAUCUUCGAUAGCUGGAAGAGUGUGGGAUGA